AGGUCAAAAGGAUGGGAGGAUGGGUUAGUGUGCAUGAAUCCUGAUGGUCCUCUGGCAGAUUGACCAAAGCCGAAUUGAUUCGCUCCUCCCGUAUAAACAGAGAGCAACAGGAACAAAAGAGGCUUAAGGCUGAAAAGCAAGCAUUUCACUUUGAGAUUAAGAGACAGUGGCUGACUGAAAAGAUGGAGAGAUUAACACAGAAGAGGUGGACUGACAGUGGAAAUAGUUAAUGUCUAAGCGAGUGAAUGGCUCGUGGAUGGGGUCUAUCUCUGUCCCGUCCUCCAUCCCUCAUGCCUUCCACUCACAGCUCUCUUCGUCCGCUGACCUCAGCAUAGCCAUCUUACUCAUCAUCACAGGUGUGGUGUCGGUGGUUGGGAAUGGGCUGGUGUUGUUGGUUUACGGUCAGAGGAGAAAGAAGCUCAGAGCGCACGAGUUGAUGACCAUCAAUCUGGCCGUUUGUGAUUUUGGCUACAGCCUGCUGGGGGCGCCAUGUAUCAUCACCUCAAGGUGGAGGAUGAUUUGUGAAGAAGAAGAAAUGCACUUCCUACCUGUGUUUGGCUUUGGUAGUUACGGCCCGGAACCGUCUGGAACCAGCUGCACCAUAAACUGGUGGAGAAUGAAGUCUUCACUCAAGGAUAGAGUCUAUAUUUACCUGAUCCUUUCACUCUGCUUUGGAGUUCCAACCUUCAUUAUCAUCACUUCAUACCUCGCUAUACUCAUCAAGGUAUAUCGGUCUGGUCGCGUAUUGGCUUCAAUCCCUUCAUCCAAUGUCACUCACAACAGCAAAGAUCUCCGGCUGACAAAGAUAGCAGCAGUGGUGUGUUCCUCAUUUCUGAUUGCCUGGACUCCCUAUGUGAUUGUUUCGCUCUACUCCGCUUUGACUGCCAGAGAGGAGCACACUGGAGAAGACGGAGGAACCGCUCUCACGGCUGGAGUGUCAGCAACAGGGGUCGGCCAUGGCGGAGGGUUGUCUGACGUCUUUGGUUUUCCCUUCCUCAUUAACUGGACCUCUUCAGAACACUUCGGGGAUGCUUUUGGCUCCUGGAGGAAUAUGACUUCUGAUCAUUCCCAUCAUUCAGUAGGGCAUCAUGGAUCAAGUUCAACUGUGGGUUCUGCACAUGGAGGAAUGAAUGGACAUCAAUCACAUCUUGUGUCCAUCCUGAAGCCAGAGGUCUCACUCAUUCCAGCAAUUUUGGCCAAGUCACACUGCAUGAUAAACCCCUUCAUCUACCAGAUCAUGAACCGUGACUUCAGGGAGGACGUCUAUGAUCUCCUGUGUCUGAGAGCAAAAGAUGGAGAGAGGAGGAGAACAAGGAGCACCGACGGCAGUGAUUCUGAUGGGUAUCGUGGAAGCGUCACUCUCUCUUAUAUUCACAGCUGGAGGAGAAGAAGCACACCUACCAGUCAGUCGUCUGGGGAGCGUGUGAAGAAAGAUUCCUCACGGAAGAGUAGAGGUAGUAGAGGGAGCCGAGGGAGUAGAGGUCAGAGAGGGUCCUGUCAGGACAGUACAGCCGUCGGGUGGGCAACCUUGGAUACUACAAACUUAGAUACGCAGGCCAACUUAGAAAGAGAGAGAGGGAAGGAGGUGGAAAGAGAGACGAAAAAAGAAUUUAGUGAACCCACCUCUAACAGCUUGUUGACGGGUGAAGAGUGAUGCUUGCUGUCUAAAUAGACAGCAACAGCAUAGUUCAUAAUGCAGUUAGUUAGCUCAAAAUAUCUGUUGUUUUAGUAAAAAAUAAAUAAAAAAAAACUGUGUUUCUUUUUUCCAUUAGUGUGAUCCAGUGUGUGAUUUUGCACCUAUCCAGUCUCACACUGGUGCAACACAUGAGGCUCUAGUUAGGAUUUAUUGAUUUUGUCCUUUGUGUGUUUAUAACUGGAUCCUGUGUAUUUAUUUAUUUAUUAAUAUAUAUUGUGUAUCUAGAUAUUUAAUGGAUUUACUUAUAGCAUUUAUGUUUUUAAAUAUUUAGAGAGCACUAUCCAGUACAAAGUAUUUCA